AGUCGACGCACGAGUUCGUGCGACUUCCGCUUCCGGUUGGGACUGGAAAAACAAUGGCAGCGUACAUAGCGGCCGCGGCGUUACCAGGAGCUUUCGGGCGGCUGGUGUCUGUAUGUAGCCGCAGCAUCCUGGCACCCUCAGGACCCGGAGCUGCCUCCCUCUGGUCUGCUUCUCGAAGGUUCAAUUCACAGAGCACUUUGUAUCAACAAGGAAACGUCCCUAAGACCUCCCUGAGUUCACCACCCUGGGAAGAAGUGGUUCUGCCAGACCGUGCUGAAGAGACCAGACACCACGCAGAGGUUGUGAGGAAGGUGAAUGAGCUGAUCGCCACGGGCCAGUACGGCCGGCUCUUUGCUGUUGUGCAUUUUGCCAGCCACCAAUGGAAGGUGACUUCUGAGGACCUGAUUCUAAUCGAAAACGAGUUGGACAUCCAGUGUGGAGAGAGGAUCCGGCUGGAGAAGGUUUUGCUGGUCGGGGCAGACAACUUCACACUCCUCGGCAAGCCACUCCUCGGAAAGGAUCUCGUGCGUGUUGAAGCCACGGUCAUUGAAAAGACAGAAUCAUGGCCCAGAAUCAACAUGAAGUUUAGGAAAAGGAAAAACUUCAGGAAGAAAAAAAUCAUCGUGAACCCACAGACCAUUCUCCGGAUUAACACCAUAGAGAUUGCACCUCGUUUGCUGUGACCACAGAGCAGAUAUCUAAGAAGCAUGAAAAUAACCUCAGGUCUGCACUCAGGAUGCUGAGGCAGGGAAAUCACAGGUUCCAGAGCAGGCUGAGCUACACAAGACCCUGUCUGAUAAUAAAAACAAAGUAUUUUGUAGGA